GAGUUUAGCUCAUGAGGCAGAGAGAAGGAGGGGAGAGGGUGACUUUACUAAGAGACAAUGUGGAUUCCUGUGUUCAUCCUCGCUCUGCUCUGUGUCUCUGAAGCUGUAGCUGGAGGUGAGUUAAUCUUCAUAUCCAACCUGAUGUGUCUCUAUGAUGUACAAAAGUAAACAAGACUAUUGAUGACAGGACCAAUUAGUUCCUUACGGUAGUUUUCAGUGACUGUACCUGCUGUGAGGGGUUAGUACACUGGAGAAAAACAGCCUCAGUCACUGUUUCCACAGCAAAUAUUCACAGUGAGAGAAAUGCCUCACAGUAGAAAGACAGCAGGAGGAGAUUCAAUUGUAAAUUAACAUCACUUUACUAAGGAGGAGAAGACAUCAGCAUAAUGGUCACCACUGUAUCCACAGGGAGGCGUGCUAGAGCCCAAUAUGCAAUAACUGACCCAAAAUGUAACAACUGUUGUACUCUGGGCCAGUUAUUACAUUUUUGGUUUUAUUACAUUUUGGGUCAUUGUUACAUAUCAGGCUUUAAUAAGGAGCUUUAGUUAAACUAAAACUUUGGUUUUAUGUUUUUUUUUAUUUUUUUAUUUCUUUGUAUGUGUGUUUCAUUGUUUUACUGAAACCUCUUUAACGGGUUAAUUUCUGGAUUAAUCAGAUUCCUGUGACCGAGUUAUCCACCUGUGUCAGGAUGAAAUCCCCUGGACAAGGUAGCAUAUACACCAUCACACACUUAAACACACUAUAAUACACACUAACACAAACUGAAGUGCAGGUUGGAUUUGAAUAAUUUCUAGCUUUUAACAAAGUUUACUCUGAUUUCAGUGAUUUUACACUUACGUUUGUACCAAUGGUUUUAUUUUAAUGUCUGUUCUCUAAAUUUGUACAAAGCCCUUAUUUAAAAACAGUUAGAGUUACUUAUCGUCUGUUUCAUAUGUUUAUACUUCAGUUUUAGAUCAUAUAGAUGAGAAAGGCUCAGAAAAUUUGGGCCUUUCAGGAAGUAAAUUCACAUUACCCUGCAUGUCUGCGUUUGUACCAAAGUGUGCGGAAAUACUUCAACCACAGAGAGGAUUCUUGUUCAAUAAUCGUCUGAUUCGAUAGAAUUAAUAAAUAUAAAUAAAGGUGCUUAAAAUGUGAGGAGCUGAGAUAGAGGCUUUUUAAAAAUCUAACAAAAUAUCUUCUGAAUACAAUGAAACUGAAUGGCGAGUGUUAUUCAGAGUAACCUGAAAAAUUAAUGGGUGCUCUAUAACAGAUUGUGCCAGUGGUAACAGUGACAGGGCAGAUAAAGAGAGACUAAAAGGACAGUCUUGAUGGCAAGAGUGUAAAUAUGAAACUGGAGAGUGUUGAAAGCACAAGGGACAGUCAUAGCUGUUAGACUGCAGUAGCUCAUUUUGAUGAAUUAAGGACCUAAUCCAAGUGGUUUUCGCACUUCCCUCUGAUAGUCCCACUCCUACCUGUCAAAUGCUCUUUGUGCAUCCAGACUAAAAACAGCACAUGGAGAUACAAUAUCUAUAGCAGUAUGUAUAAAAUGCAAAAGUUGUUAGAAGCCAACCAUGCCUUUAUGAAACCUUUCAGGUUGCAGUGGACCAGCUCAGUCAUGUAUGGUAUAGGACGUGAAGCUUAUACAUGAGCAAAAACUUUAAAUUUAGUCACAAGGAUAGAAAGGGGUCUAUAAUUACUGCAUGAAGUAAGGUCCUUGCUGGGUUUAGGUCAUACCAAAAUAAAAGUGAAGAGUUUAUGUCUUUUAAAAGGCAGCCCUGGUGGACAGAUGGUUGAUUGUGUCCAGGACAAACUGUCCAAGUAGAUCCCAAAAUGUAGAAUAAAAGUCUGUGAAAGGAGUGAAUUUCUCUUGGGACAUAGUGGGAAGUGCCAUGUUUUGUAAAUUUAAGUUGUGUGUGAUGUUGAAGAGUAAUGUACCCAGAGCAGCCAGUUAUGACCUCUGACUCUCCCUGAAGGUGCACCAAGGACUCAUUUUACUCAUUUUCAAUGGCUCUUUUUAUGCAGUUAGUAAGCUAGUUAUUUUGGGCUUUUAUUUUGUAAAGGACUAGAAACUGGGAGAGAAAGUGGAAUGACAUACAGGAAAAAGGUGUGCAGGCUGAAAUCAAACCCUGAGCCUCUAAACAGGACAGUUCAAAACAAAAGGUUGUAUAAAACGUGGAUUGGAAUGGAGAUUUUUCUGUGUUGUUGGUAGACCUAUGAUUCUGUCAUGCAGCCUGGUCCGUGGCUCUGUGAAUGCUCAGACUGUGUUCUGCUCUGUGUCUGUUUUCUUUGAUUUGUUUCUUUCACUCAGCCUCUGGUGUUUUUGAACAUCCCUCCCUACUUUCCAAGUUAUUUUCCUCUCUCUGUCAUUUCUCCUCUCCUCAGGAGAGGUCUGAGUUAUCCACGUAACAAAAAGCGAUAAUGUAAAAACAUCUUCCAUGUUGUUCACUGAUGCUAUCGGAAGACGUUUUACCACAGUGUCAAAAGGCAGGAAAACUAUAAAUGUGUCAGUCUGCUGUCAGCAGGUUGCGUUGAUAUAACUGAAAAUUGAUUUCUAUGGUUAUGGGGUUUUGACCUAUCAGAAUCAAGUAAACAAUGCAGCCAGGUGAUGGGUUAGAAAGCCAGAUAUCAGACAGGUGUGUUGUUCCUUUAGCCUUUCAUCAGUUUUCAUGUUCAGCCCCGCUCCCCUGAAUUAUUUUUUUUUUUAAUAAAUGUGUGUUUUCAGGUGUUAUGAGAGAAACAUUUCCACCUGUCGACCUCACACCCGUUUGAUCAGCUCAUCAUUCAUUUGGCGUAGAGUGAACUCUUCUCAAGAGGUGAGUCCUCUCGGGAAGUAAAUUUAAUUUUCUUCUCACAAGGAAAAAACAGGCAGACUGGUAGCAGCUGAUAUACAGCAAUACAAAAUUAUACUUUUUUAACAAAGUAAGUUUGUAAUAAUGUGUUUGUUGUCAAUGAGGUUUCAGGUUUUUUGUGUCUUUGGUUACAGGCCGAGGUCAGUCCUACUCCUCAGCACCGGGUUCACAUCCCAUCCUCGGCUCUGCAGAAGAGCAGAGGAUCAGGGUCAGAGGAUGAGGUUCUGCUGGUGUCAACGGUCCUGAACAGCUCUUACUUUCAGGUUGGUGCCUCCACAGACUAAACAUCGCAGACCUCAACAGACCGGCUUUUUAACUCAGACACAAACAGCCCAGGUUAAGACCUUUAAACUUAAAGCAGGAGCGCUGAGGAUGAGGAAGAGUCAUAUACCUGAAUACUGACUUUUUCUGUCCUUCAGCUCUCCUUGUAUUUGCAUGUGAGGAAGCACUUUGUCUUGCUGAUUUGCAUGAAUUUUCAAAAACUCCUCACCCUCUUUACACACUGAGCUGCUGUACAAACUGUAUGGUGGGCUGGAUGAGCUUUAUUUGAACCCUUCUUCUAGAAAGAAACAGCUGGAUACAGACUGAUGACAUCCUCAUACUUCACUGUGUUCCUCACUUCAUCAGCUUCACAGCAACCUGACUGUGUUAAAUGUAACUCUACUCAUCAUGCCUUCAGUCCCCCAUACUGCUAAAACAGCCACUGAGUCAUCAAACAUAUUUUAAACUUUGCCUGAUUUCUUUAGAAAAGAGACCAAACACAACUCACCCACUCUCCUCCAGCAGCCGCUUGUUUGUGGGGGAGCCCUGACAAGUCAAUCACCAGUGCAGCAGAGUUUCGCAGCUUAAGGAAGAACAUUUAUUAUCAUUACUUCAUGGAAAUAAAAUCAGGCCGAGACUCUAAGGCAGAAGAACUACCACAUCUGCAGUGCAAAAUGGUUAUAAUGAUGAUUAUUACCUCAUGGAAAUGAUCCGCUGCACUCAGAGAUUGACUCGUCAGGGCUCCUCCACAAACAAACGGCUGCAGGAGAGUAGGUGAGUUAUGUUUGUUCUCUUUGCAAAAGAAACCAGGCAAAGCUAAAAAGAUGUCUGGUGGCUAGUGCUGUGGCUGGGACCCUUCAUGUACUGUUGAUGAAGUUAGGUGCUGUUCUGAGUAUUAUUUGUGGCUAUAGAGUGUCUUUUUGAUUGAGGUGUGCACACAGAGACGUAGACCGCUGUGUAUUGGUGUCAUGCGGUCGUUGCUGAAGUUAGUGUAACUAGAGAAACAAGCAGUCGGCAACAUUCAUCUCUCGAGGGGGUGUCUAACUCUGUGUUGCGGUGUGUUUGAACAUAACUUAAAUCUACACUGGAAUAUCCCUUUGAUUUGAAGGUCAGAGUGGAACCAGAGAGGAGAGAGAGACUAACAAACACCCAAAUAACAAAGCUGAACAGUAAGCACCUGUAGCUGGUUUGAAUAUGAGAACUACAUAAAUACAUAUUUUUUUAACUAAUCCUCACUGAGAAAACUGACAUCAAUCCUGCCUCUGUUGAUGUGUUUGACAUUUUUACGUUUUAACAUGCAAUCAGCUCGAAACAACCUGUCAAAACUCCUCAAAGGAUCAGCAGAAAUUUCCCAGAAUCAGUCCACUAAAGCAAAACAAAAGAAAAAAAAAGUUCCUAAAAGCUUAACUUUUGUUGAAACAGGAAGAAGUUUUAUUAUGUAUGCUCUAAUCUGACUUAAAGGCACCACACACAAGAAGGGUCCAGGGCUGAACACAUUUAAACGGCAAUGUUUCAUCCCAGUCACAUACCUCCAUCAUUCUUACUCAUAUCAGUCUUCUGUGUGCCAAAAACUGUGAGUUUUCACCUGAGGGUGUGGUUAGCACAAUGCGGCAAGUUUUAAUUUCCAUGCCACCUUGGGUUCUUUUCAGGAUAAUUUCCUACACAUGGGUUUUUGAUCUAUUACUUUGAUAAAACAGACAAAUACAUUGGCACUCCAUAAAUUUGAAAGACUGUGGCAAUGGCAGAUUUUCUAAGUCUGACAACUGAAAGACUGAGCCUUUAUUUAUUUAUUUAUUUAUUGCUUUCUUUAACUUCAUAUAUUUGUACAAUGAUUUAAAGUUUAACAUAUGGCUCUCUGUCCUUUCAUGUAAAGAAUGGAUGUUUGUGAAAUUUUAACAUCUCUGAAAACUUUAUGAUGAAGAGCUCAUGACUUUGAUUUGGGUAGAAACAUAAAAAUAAAGGCAGCAGUGACCUGGGGAGACAACGUGCCACACAUUGCCAAUUCAAUGUCAGUCUGAAACAGCACUGAGGAUAAUGAUGUGAGGUGAUGUGACCUCAAAGAUACUGCUCAGUCUUAGCUAAACUAACACAAUAGUUAGAAAUUCUCUGAGUCUCACUCAAGUCCAUGAAUCACAAUGCUUACCAACAGCAUAAAUCUCCACCCAUGAAAAGCCAAUUAGCACCAUAUAACAGCAUAUAGCAGCAUAUAAGGUGGUGUGGCUGUGCACUUCCUGUGGGUGGGCAAGCCAGGUGCAGAGACAGAACGAAAAACCUUCAGAUGUGGUUACAAGCUCUUUCAAAAAAAAUUCCAGUGAGAGGUGGUGGGGCACAGCAUUGGUGCCAUCUGUAAUAGUCAGGGUACCUGCGUAGGCAGAGUAAAGAAGUAGUUCAACUCCACACACCACAUAGAGUAUAUCUACAACUUUUGUGUGAUUUACUAUUUUGGUAACUGUUGUACAUGAAGGCAAGACACAUAUUCAGUUUUUCAAAAACAUUUCACAUUUUAAUCCUGAUCAGAGGCUAAAAUCUCCUCAUCACUCAAAAUGAUUUAGCUAAAUGUGCCCUAUAUUGAUUAUUACUAGCUAUUACUAGUUACUAGUUAGAAUUACAUUAAUACAAUUAGAGACAUGACAACUGAGAUGACAGAAGAUUGAGUUUUCCUUUGGGGAUCAAUAAAGUUCUUCUUCUUACUAGUUUCAAAGGUAUCUGCCUACUACUAAUAUGAAUAGGAAUCAAAAGAGGGAUUUAUGAUCUUAAAAUACAAAGAAAUAUUUACCUUAAACUUUUUUUAGCACUGGUGGUCAGUCAGUCAGUCAGGGAUAAUAAAGAUCAGCAGUAACUUCAGGACAACCACAGAGACAAAUCGGCAGGUCAGUGUUUUACAAAACAGACUUUGGAUGUACUGUAAUGUGAACACUUGUAGUUAUAAAGAUAUGUUUUAAAUUUGGAGCUUUUUUCAUUAAGUUUUUUUGUUGUGCUAAAAUCACAGGAAGGUAUUAAAUCGUAUGAAAGAUGGCCAGACUAAUUGAAGUUUUUGUUUUCUUGCAGCUCAGUUCACACCAGGAAAACCGAAAGGGACGAUUACGCAUGCCACCACGCAGAGACGGCAGUGUGAUGGGCGGGCUUGUGCUGGUUGUAAGGGCAGGUAGUCAACCUGUUGCUCACCUAUCACAACCUGUCAGAUUAACCUUCACACAUGAAGGACAGGUAGAAGCAAAACCCCUGUGUUAUCAUCAAAAACUGUCAGGAUAUGGCUGUCAGCUGAAACUCUGCUCUGUUUCAGGUCAGAAAUGGGACCUGUGUGUUCUGGUAUGAGUUAGGGGAUGGAACAGGUGAGUUUCUCUUACCCGACAGCAUUAUUUCUCUUUUUAUCUGAACUUAAAUCCUCUGUUAACCUCCCUUCUGUCUGUGCAUUUAAAGGUUACUGGAGUCCAGAGGGCUGUGAAUCCAACAACACAGGAACUGAGUUUGUCUGCAGCUGCAACCACCUCAGCUUCUUUGCUGUUCUUGUGGUGAGAUGGCAUCAGCAUCAUUUUUCUGCAGUGCACUCUCCUGGGUGCAUGAACCAAAAAAUGCAUGGUUGGAAAAAAGACUGUUGAUGAGCAUUUGAGUUGUUUGAACACAGAGAUCUGUUUUUUAAAGCCUUUUCCAAACCAUGAAAAUCAAGACUAUUAAUAUGACACUGGAAUAAUUUUAUCAGGUUUUUCACAAUAUUCAUAUUUAGUUUGGCUAACACUUUGCUCUGCACCACCACAACAAUUUAAUUUAUUUAUUCUUUACUUUUUCCACGACAAUUAAUGCAAAAGAAUGGGGAUAAUGUUGAUGGUCUGCAAAACAUUUAAAGUCUGUUUAAGUAAGAUUAGUGCAAAGACAUCAUAACAAAUGCUGAAACAAUGAUUGUUAUAAGAAAGAUUUCUGCUCAUUUUGAUGCUCACAUGUUAGGAAGUAGUUACAUGGCCAUCAACUCUCCUUUAACCAACAUCCUGUAAACCUUAGUGAACCCAGCAGACCAGUUUCUAGAGUCUGAAAGUCAAAUGUUGUCCCAUUCUUGCCUGGUAGAGGAUUUCAGCUCCUCAACAGUUCAGGGUCUCCUUUGUCCUAAUUUUGGUGUCAUGAUGCUCCAAAUGUUUUCAAUGGGGGACAAGUCAGGACUGCAGGCAGACCAGUUUCUCAGCAGGACUCCACUACUACACAGCCAUGCUGUUGUAAUCCCUAUUGUGAGAACGUGGGCGGCAGUAGCUCAGGAGGUAGAGCGGUCGUCCAAUAACCGGAAGGUUGGCGGUUCGAUUCCCCCCUAAUCCAAGUCUGUCCGUUGUGUCCUUGGGCAAGACACUUAACCCACCUUGCUCCCAGUGUGUGUGUCCUCCACUGGUGUAUGACUGUGAGUGUUGUGUGGUGGUGGUCGGAGAGGCCGUAGGCGCAGAAUGGCAGCCACGUCUCCACCACCACCACUGUGUGAGCGAAUGAAUGAUGUAUCAGGGUCUCUGAUAGAUGCGCUAUAUGAAAUCUGAUGCAUUAUUAUUAUUAUUAUUAGAAUGUGGUUUGUCAUUGUCUUACUGAAAUAUGAAGGUCGUCCCUGAAAAAGUCUUUGUCUGAAUGUCAGCAGAUUUUGCUCCUUAAAUCUGUAGAUAUAGUUCAGCAUUAAUAGAGCCUUCACAGAUGUGGAAGGGAUGCUGGUUUUGGACUACGAGCUGAUAACAAGCCGGAUGGUCCCAAUUCUCUUUAGGGUGGAGGCUUGAUCUGUCAUACCACUAGACAGUCUUUAGCUUCCUCUCAGUCCACCUUAAAUGGACUCUGGUCCAGAGAGCGCUCUGGUAUUUCAGGAUCCUGUUUCUAUCAGGUUUCCUCUUUGCACAGUUUAGUGUGAACCUCAUUUGUGGAUGCAGUGAUGAACUGUGUUCACAGACAGUGGAUAACUAUGUGCUCACACAGUCUCUUGGGGAGCGGGGAUCUACAACUUUAACUUCUGGUUUUAUAUGUUUUAUUAUCCAAAGAAAGAAUCUCAUGUGAUGGGAUGAAAAUGUCAGAUUUUCUUAAUAGUUUGAAUUUGAUUGAACCUGUUUUUAUUUGUCUGUUUACAGAACCCUGAACUCUCAGUGGAUAAAAGGAGUGCUACUUACCUGGCGUACAUCACCUAUGUGGGCUCAGCUCUGUCUGUGGUCUUUACAUCCAUCAGCCUGAUCAUCUACAUCUGUCUUCAGUAAGCUGUUUCUGUAGUUCAAAAAUUUCUCUCAAGUAGAUAACACUUUUGCACUGCUUCUGGUCUGACACUUUUUUCAUGCUUCAGUUUUCAAAAGAAAACCUUGCACAGGACUGUUUAAAACCGCAACAUCAAUAUCUAUUAGUACUGUGUGGUUUUAAAAAAAUCUUGGUUUUCUCUCUCAGGCUAACCAAUAGAGUUUGUCUGUGUCACUUUAGUGUUCAAGUCCACAGUUCUUGUUUUGUUAAAAAAAUGUUUGAUUAAGCAAACUUCAUAGUAUAGUUGACUCAUUCCCCUUAAAUAUUCUAUAGAGUGUCACAGGAAGUCAUUCUUCCUUGUGACCAUCAGACUUUAUAAGUCCUCCCUCUGAGUGUCACACACUCUGUCUGUCCCUGGACUGAUUCUCAUGUAGUAGCUGUAAGCUUCUCCACUACAUAUAAUUACAUUCAACUGUGCAACCUGUUUGUAAACUGAUCAAAUUUAAAUAAUCUGAGAGUGCAAUACUAAUACUGUAUUGUUUAUAUACACUACACUGUACAAUAAUCUGUAGCAACUCAACACUACAAAUGGUUUUGUAUACACUUCCUACUUUCUGAGCUUGUACAUAGCCUAUUUCCUAAAAUACUCUGCGCUUUGUAAACAGCUUUAUUUCUAAUAUUCUGCACUUUUACAAACUGUUGCAAUUUCUUAUUUAUUCUUAUCAAUUCCUAUUUAUACUCUCCCUCUACCAAUAUUUGUAUUUUCAUAUUUUCAAGAGUAAGUGUAAUGCUGUAAUGAUCAAAACCCCCCAUGAAAUUAAGUAUUCUGAUUGAUUGAUUGUAAUUGUGUUAAUGUACACUAAUGAUGACGUUUAGGAGGUUAUGUGGUGUCUCUACUCUGCAGGCGUCGACGUCCAGAGAAGGCCAUUGGUGUGCACAUGCAGCUGACUGGAGCGCUGCUCUGCCUUCACCUCAGCUUCCUGCUGAGUUGCUUCUGGGUGUGGAGACUGGAGGACAAGGAGGAGGACUGGGUCUGUCAGGGUCUGGGUUUGUUCCUCCACUGGUCUUUGCUGGCCACCCUCACCUGGACAGCUCUGGAAGGCUUCCACCUGUACCUCCUGCUGAUCAGAGUGUUUAACAUCUAUGUCAGGAGAUACCUACUCAAACUCAGCCUGCUGGGGUGGGGUGAGUUUCAUGUUCAGAGCUCACUGAUGGUCUUGUUGUAAACAUUUGAUUCAGGGGGCUCUAUGUUCGUGCUUCGCCGGAGACGUGGCGCAGGCACGGCGCAAGUCAGGUUCACCAAGCCGACAAAGCGUUCCCAAGCACAAUUUGGUAUUUUGGUGAGCCGCGCAGCCCGGCGUGAGUAUCCCCCCUCCCUAACUCAGCUCCUCCCAGCGGCGUAAGUCGUAGCGAGGGAGGAGAGAGGGCGUGGAGUGGGUUUAACACAGCCGAGACCUGUAUUGACCAAUAACAUCAGCUCCUCUCCUCGCCUUUAAAUCUGCCACCAGCGAGGCGUAUUACAAUUUUCGUGAAGUAGUCAAAGAGAUCAAGAGAUGUCUGAAGACAGCAAUGCCACACAAUGGCAACAGAAGGCAGCCCCUCAACAAGUGUCGCUGUAAACGCUGCAGAGGGCGUCCUCCACACUGUCUCAUAUAAGCACAGAUGGAUUUGGUGUGUGUAAUGUUGGACAAACUAGUAAGACAAACACCCCUUUCCACAAAUAAAGACACUCACAUAAUGUUGCACAUAUUCAAACCUCACGUGACAAAGGUGGUUGUGCACAGAGAUCACACUCCAAUAAUGGCAUUAAAAUCGGAACCAUCUGUGCGUAUAUGACGCAUCGCGCUCCGUGGCCUGGCUCUUUCUUUUAUAGAUGUUGGCAUAUAAAAUAAAUUUGGCUCACAAAACUGAAUAUUAUAAUAUUCGUAUGUAGGCUUAAAGUAAAUAACUCAUCCGAUCACUGAAACAAAUCAUCUGUUCAGCCGCCGCAGCAGCAGCUGCAGCAGGAUGGAGAGAGGAAAUGGAGACAUGUCCAGGUCGAGCUGCGCGAGAAAUAAGAGGAAGAGGAAGAAAGAAAAGGAGGGAGAUGAAUUACAUAUCUAGUUAACUUCAUUAUGUGUGUCUAUUUACUCGAUAUUUAAUUUAAUUUAAUUAAUUGUGUCCAAACGCGUGCCAAACACGCUCAUCAGAUCAGAUAUAGAUCAGAAUAUAUCGAUAUAGAUCUAAAUGUAUGUGCUGACUCAGAUUAAUAGUUGAUGAUGAUUAUUUAUUGCACUGCAAUGUGCCUGACACUGUGGAAACCUGCCGGUGAGGCAUCGGUGACGUAUGCCGAUACGCCGCCGGUCUACCAAAAUACCACUAGACCAGCUGCGCUCCGCCUGCACUGAAGCUGACCAGGUUUGAAUCGGCGAGCUUUCAGCGCACUUUAUAUGCUGGCGGAGAGCAUGAAAAUGUCACUGCAGCAGCUGAUUCUGUCGACACCUCCCUCUGCCGCUCAACCACGCCCAGCUUGGCAGACCUCGGUGCACUUCAUUCCACGAAAAUACCAAACUGGCUGUACCACUGCACGGGGUCCGCCACCCUCCGCCGCCUCACCAGCGCACACGGAAAUAGAGCCCAGGGACAUAUGGGAGUUCAGGUGCUGUUGGAUUAACUUUUCCUGCUCAGGGAUUGAUCCUACUUGUGUACUUGUUUAAAUUCAGGAAUACCUGGAGCUUUCAGGGUCACCUAACUGCAGCCUUUGGUUAUUUUUCUGUCCUAAAAAUUAUGCAACACAUAUUUUGGCCACUAGAGAGCAGUGGCAAGUUUCAAUCAGUAUGUUUCCGAUUAAAUGGUGUGCAGCUUUUCAGCUUUUCUGCACUCACAUGAAGCUCAGUAUGGAGUCAUGUUGAGAGAUUAAAAGACAGCAUGUUUAAAGGCUUAAAUCAGAAACCAGUCAGUGCUUUAAAAUGUGCUGUUAAAAUCCCACCAAUAUGAAAGUGUUGUUUGACGUGGAGAAAGACUGUCACAGUGAAGUGGUGCGAACAACAACAGAUUUUUAUUCAACAUUGAUAUCCUGAGUAAACAGUGACACCGUCAAACACAUGGGUUCUUGGUAGAGGGCAGCUAUGGUUCUUUAUGCUGGUUUCCAACUGCCAUUGAACUUUAUCCUGUUUAAAACAUGAAUUUAGUCUCAGUUGCUCCACCAAUAGGUCCCUGAGGUGGAGCUCAGCAUCAGUGAGCAGGCUGUAGCAUCCCUCUGGAAGAUGGUUGUACACUUUUAAAAGAAUGCUCAGAGAUUUACUGUGAAUACAAAAUCGGCUGUCAGCUUUGACUUUUCAGGGCUGCUGAUGAAUUAAUAGCAUUUCAUUACUCAGUUCUGUGACCCACAACAGACACUGAAAUUAUCAUAUACCUCAACUCAAAAUAAGAGCAUGUCUUAACAAGACAGAAAAUUAAUAAAAAACAACAACCCCUUCUCAGGGUUAUGAAUGGUCACGGUCUAUUGAGGUAACGUGGAUCUGGUUUCAUUGCAGGACUUCCUUCACUGACUGCAGUGGUUUGUGGGAUUUUAGGCAUUUAUGGCAAAUUCAAACUGGAGCUGAAGGAUGAAAACAACCAAACAUCGACCACACACAUGUGAGGAUGAUUUCAGUUCUCAGACAUUUUUCACUCUUACACUGUUGCUCAUGUUUGGCCUGUGUGUGUGUGUGUGUGUGUGUGUGUGUGUGUGGGGGGGGGGGGGGCUUGGUUCUUUUGGAUUAUUUGCUCAUGUUUUGAGUUCUGAACUGUUUUGUUUCUGACCGGAAGGUGUUGGAUCAGCAGUAGGUUCGAGCAGCAACUCGUGGUCAGCUACGUGACCACUGUGGCAGUCCCAUGUGUGGUGAUAAUGUGUAACUCCUGCAUGCUGGGACUGGUGGUGUUUAAGCUGUGGGGGCUGAGGAGGAGUGAGGAGGGUAGGUGGAUGAAGGUGAACAAAGGGAGGAGCUCUAGGCUGUGGAAGGACUGUGCCACCGUGCUGGGUCUCACCUGGGUGCUGGGUCUACCCUGGGGGCUGCUAAGUGCCACCUACAUCUCCCUGCCCGGGAUCUAUGUGUUCACAAUCCUGAACUCGCUUCAAGGUCAGUGUGUGCAAUAGCUUCCUGGAGAGUGUGCGGUGCUGUGGUUUCAUCACUUCCUGAGGCAUUAAUAGUCUCCUUUUUGUCUCCUCAGGUGUGUUUAUGUUCCUGUGGUCUGUGGCUCUCAGCUGCAAGGCUCGGUCUGAUGAUAGCUGCUCAUCCAGAGACCCCUCUUCUCAGAAAAUGAUCACCACCAGCUUCAACACCUGAACUUGUCUCUAAUGUAUUAUGCUUCACCUACAUUAGGUGUUCACUGGACUUGUACAUUUUAAUCAAGAAAGUUUCAUUUCACUGUUGAACACCUCUAAAUGGAGCCUGAACAGAAAGUGCUUCAUAACAAGCAGCAGCCUCUAACAUGAUCUUCUAUAACUACCAUCAUUAUUAUUUUGAUUUUUUUUUAAUUAAAACUCUGCAACAUAAGAAAAUGAUUAGGGAGACUGGAUACUGUUCAUAAUCUUUAUAAGAAUGAAUGUAAUAUUUUUACUAAGAAGACCAAACACAGUACAAAAAAAGGAGGCGCAGUGGGGAUGCUUAAAACUGGAGUGGUGUGUCCACUAGAGGCUGUCACCAAAAGCAGGGGAACCCUGAUCUACAUAAUUUUGAACCACUCAUACAGCAGAAAUAACCAAGAUUACAGCUUGAUCUUAGAAAAUAAGAUGUUUGGACGAGUUUCAGCUUAUCUUUGUUAAUCUUGUUCUAAAAAAAAGAAGCCUAGAGAUGGUCUGAUUUGGAGCAUGCCUGCACUGGUCAACUAUUUGCUCACUCAGUCUCUCAGCGUCUACUGCUGAAGUUCUUUGUAUCUUUUUCAGGGUGGUUUCCUGCAGUUUAAACAGUCUAAUUUGUCUUUUUGUUGUUUUCACAUCAUUAGCUAAUGAAGCUUUCUGUCCAUCACAAUUGGUCUCUCAGUAUUAGUCCUGUGUGGUUUUAUUUACAUGAAAAUAAAAUGAUGUUUUUACAACCAAUGAGAAAAA